AUGGGAGAUUUCAAUGCAAAAGUUGAAAGUGUAGCAACAUCUCAGAUUACUGGAAAAUAUGGGUUGGGAAUACGAAAUGAGGCGGGAGAGAGACUGGUUCAAUUCUGCACAGAUCACCGCAUGGCAGAUAUGAAUACUUGGUUUGAACAACCAAAACGACACAGGUAUACUUGGACGUCACCUGGAGGUCAAUAUCGAAAUCAGAAUGAUUACAUUCUUUGCCAACAAAGGUGGAAAAGUAGGGUGAACAUCACCAAGACUCUCCCUGGUGCGGAUUGUGGAUCUGACCAUGAGCUACUUAUGCCUCAGAUUAAAAUGAAACUUAAGAAGGCUAGCAGACCAAUAGCAGUGAAGAGAUAUAAUAUCAACAACAUUACAAACAAAUACACUGUCAAUGUUUCCAAUAGAUUCCAAGUUCUUUCACAAGAAGAACCACCUGAAAAGCUGUGGGAGGACAUGAAGACCGCAAUAAAUGAGGCCGCAAAAGAAACCAUCUCCUUAGUGAAGGCUACGAGAAGAUCUAAGUGGCUAUCAGAGGAAGCCAUACAAACCGUUGAGGAUAGGAGAAAGGCCAAACAAGAGCAAGACCCAAACAAAUACAAACACCUGAACCAGCAAUUCCAACGGCAAGUCAGAAGAGACAAAAAUCUAUACUUCAUGGAAGAAUGUAGGACCAUGGAAGCUCACAAUGCAGCAGGACACUCAAGCUCUUCCAAAAAAUCUGGCAAAUGGCAGAAUGGCCAAAAGAAUGGAAACAUUUAUCUAGCAUUGCCCAAAAAAGGAGACAUCACAGAAUGUGCAAAUAACAGGACAAUAGCACUCAUUUGUCAUUGCAACAAGGUUAUGCUUAGAAUAAUUCAAAGACGGCUGGAACCUUACAUGGAAAGAGAAUUACCUAAGGAACAAGCUGGUUUUCGGAGGGGCAGAGGAACACGUGAUCACAUUGCUAAUAUGAGAUGGCUCAUGGAAACAACCAGAGAAUAUCAGAAGAAAGUGUAUUUCUGCUUUAUAGACUACAGCAAAGCGUUUGACUGUAUUGACCAUCACCGUCUGUGGAAUCAACUAAAACCAAUGGGUAUUCCUGAACAUCUAAUCAUACUCAUGAGGAAUCUUUACAAAAACCAAAAGGCAACAGUCAGAACUGAUCAAGGUGACUCUGAAUGGUUUGGUAUAAGUAAGAGGGUGAGACAAGGCUACAUCUUGUCCCCAUAUUUGUUCAACUUAUAUGCAGAAAGUAUCAUGCGUGAAGCUGGCCUGGAGGAAGAAAGGGCAGGUAUCAAAAUAGCAGAUAAUGUAGAAGAGUUUAAGGCAGAUGGGGAAAAGAUAGAAGUUGUGCAAUCCUUUAACUUUCUCGGAAGAUACAUUUCUAAGAAUGGAGGAACAUCAGAAGAAAUCAAAUGCAGACUUAGCAUGGCUAGAACAGCAGUAAUAAGCCUGAAAAGACUCAUGAAAAGUGGGGAUCUGUCCAAAAGCACUAAGAUCAGAAUGAUUGAAACACUUAUUUUUCCAAUAGCGUUGUAUGGAUGUGAAAGGAAGAGAAGACAAGGAAGACAGCGACAGAGAUGGCUGGAUGGUGUCGUGGAUGUGACUGGUAAAUCGCUGGCGGUGUUGAAAGAAGAAGUGAAGGACAGAAAUUACUGGAGACAGGUUGUGCAUGAUGUCACCAAGAGUCGUCAGCGACUUGAUGGAACAUAA